AUGUCCUCCUCCACUGCCAGCCGUGGCGGCCGCGAAGCCUCCGCCAGCAGCCACGGCGGCCGUGAAGCCUCCGCCACCAACCCGCCACCGCGGCCUCCACUCCUCGUCCCCCAUCCCGCUGCGGCGGCUACGACCCUGCCUCCGUCAUCCAGGCGCGGCAGCCACGACUCCUCCUCCUCCGACGCCGCGGCAGCCACGUCUCCUCUGCCAUCCGGGCGCAUCAACCACGUCUCCUCUGCCGUGGCGGUGGCCACGACUCUUCCUCCGCUAUCCGGGUGCGCCACGCACGUCUCCUCCACCGCUGCCGUGGACCAUGUCGGCCAAGACUUCUCCUCCGCCAAUCCCGGAUCCUCCUCCGCCAUGCUUGGUUCCUCCUCCGCCCCCGUGGACCACGCCGACAACAACUUCUCCUCUGCCAUGCCCACGAAGGGUGGAUCCAAGAAUCCACAAGGACCGCCGCUUCAUCCGUAUGAAGAGGAGCGCCUAAGACAAUGUAUGCAGAAUAGUGCAAGGUUGCAGCAACUUGGAAUUCCUGGUUACACUACUUGUUUUGCAAGAGCAUCUGCAAUUUGUAAAGACAAGAGCAAGGAACAUCAGAGAAGCAGAGAAGACUCUGAAUCCGACUAUGAGCCUUCACAAGAAGAUAGUGCUGAACAAGAUUUGGUUGAUGAUGACAUUUCUAAGCAGAAAAAAUAACAACCAAACCUCAGAUGUACCACCUGUUGGAGUGAUGUUUCGCGCUCGUAGAGGGUGUAUGCUGAGAACCUCCCUACUGAAGCUUGAAGAUCAAAGAGAAUUAAUUUCAGGCCUGAUGCAAGUCUUCCACCAAGUGGCAACCAUGUCCCACCUCCAUCACACCCAGAUGUGAGCCAACAAGUUGAUCGACCAGCUGGAACA